AUGGCCGACCCCCGUGUUGAAGAGAUCCAUGACGAUGAUGUCCAGGCCAACGUUGAGGAUGCGGGCGACAGCUCUGCCUCCGAAGCUGGCGAAGAGACCACCAUCCCCGGCGGCUCUGCCGUCACCAUCCACUCCCGCAACGAGAAGAAGGCUCGUAAGGCUAUUGCUAAGCUUGGCCUGAAGCACGUUCCCGGCAUCACUCGUGUCACCCUCCGCAGACCUAAGAACAUCCUCUUCGUCAUCAACCAGCCCGAUGUCUACCGCUCCCCCACCAGCAACACCUGGAUCAUCUUCGGUGAGGCCAAGAUUGAGGACCUGAACGCUCAGGCCCAGCUGGCUGCUGCCCAGCAGAUGGCCGCCCAGGAGGCCGCUGGUGAGCACGCCGGUCACGACCACGACCACGACCACGAUCACGAUCACGACCACGAUCACGACCACGGCAAGGGCAAGGCCCCCGAGGCUGAGGAGAAGAAGGAGGAGGAAGAGGAGGAUGGCGAGCAGGUGGACGAGACCGGUCUUGAGGCCAAGGAUAUCGAGCUUGUCAUGGCCCAGGCCAACGUGUCUCGCAACAAGGCCGUCAAGGCUCUACGAGAGAACGAUAACGAUAUCGUGAACUCUAUAAUGGCGCUGAGCAUAUAG